CCCGACUCUGCAUCACGAUCAUCCUUUCCUAAAACAGACCAUGUCCUUUGUCGUCGACCUUAAUCGCAGUGACAUCGCCCGCAAAUCGGCCGACAUACUCAAGUCUACGCGUAGCUUCGUCCGUGGCAGCUCGCAGAAAUGCGUUGCUCCUGUCUUUUAGACGCUGACACUGGUAAAGAAGGAGCGGCAUUCGGUUAACUCUGGUCUUUUCUUUUUGUUAUCCUGCCAGUGUUGAGACUAGUGCCACGUCGUACGCAUGUGAUUAGCGGUGAUUCAUCGCCUCCUUGUUCUUGAUUUGUCGCCGAACAGAUCCCAACUGCAGAUAGACUCUUUGCUGUACAAGAUGUUCCGCUGAGUUUUACGGUUGCACAGUGGGCCUGCAAAUGACUAUCGUGCACGUAAACCAGUCUGUCUAGCUCUGUCUUGACGACCCAGUUUCUUUGGGGUUACAGUUGGGUUUACGACAAAAGAUUUCGUCAUGUGGCUUGGCACCAGGUACAAAUUUCCGAGCGAGGGGUUGGGGAAGCUGAUCUCAUCAAAAAACAAUUGUGUCGAGUUAUUUGUCUCUCUCCACCACCACAAGCAGCGCCUUGUUCUUUUAACGUUACUGACACUGUCUUUACUCGAGCGGGCAGCUACUGGCACCUCCUCCUCCUCAUACCCUACCCCACGCUCUUUACUAGAUGUCCGCACCGUCCGCCGCUAGUCGCACACCUCUCUCCGGGGGUCAUCACAAGUCUCCCUCCAUGUCGCUGCCAUACUCCAUGGUGCCCACUCUCAACACAAGGACUCGCAGCCGAGGGACCAUCUUCGCGUUGAUCAGCCUCGUCACCCUCUCCGCCUUCGUCUUCUACACGCAAACGGACAUCUCCUUUUCACACUCAUACCUGCGGCAUCGCCCCAUCUCGGCGCAUGACCAAGAACACCUGCUUCUGAACCUGGAAGCCGUCGCAGCCGCACACCACGGCUCGCCCGCCUCCGGCGCGAAGCACAAAUCCGCGUUCACACGCCCGCCGCUGGCGCUCACCGCGACACAGGAGCUCGGCGCGGUCUCGGCCUUCAUAGCCAGCCUGCCCCAGAACGUGAUCCCUGUCGGCGUCGACCCGCAACGGCCGAUUGACCCCCAGCUGAUCCUGGACUUUGACACGCGUAGCCCGUACGCGAUGGAGGAAGUGGACCGGAUCGUGGAGGACGUCUGGCUGCAAAAUCCCGUGAUGGUGUACGGCAAGUUAUACUCGCCGCUUACCCGGGAAGUCAAGGCGAUGCUGAAUGACUUGAAUUUGCGCCCUCCGCCUUUGUAUAUCGACCUUGACACACGUGACGACGUCGAGAUCCUUGCGCCCAUGCUCACGAGGCUUGUUGGUGCGUCCGACAUGCCCGUUGUCCUGGUCUCUGGGAAGCCGCUAGGCCCGAUCGAGCGAGUCCGAGAACUAAAGGCCGAUGGCGGGCUACAGCAGCUUAUCAAAGCGGCAGGAGCUGUUAUCGGCGGAGGAGGGAAGCGCCGCAAGCACCACUAGGCGGCUUUCGGCAGGCUUGUAUCGGUUUCUGGGGUUUCGGGUUGCGGGAGGUCCCCCCCUUCACGACUGCUAUGUUUACUAUCAUCUUACUCAUGCUAGAGUCAUGCUUUGUGCCUGAACUAUUACUUUUAUUUGCAUCUAUAGAGGCGUAGAUACGUGGAAGUGACCCUCCUACGACAUGUACACACCCAGCCUUUGUACUUUUCCGGGUCGCAUACAAUCGUGCAUAAUUCAUGGAUGCCCUGAUAUGUGCUACGUGCCGGCCGACAUCGACCGCAUUCGUGUGCGAGGGGAUCUCUUUCAUCCAUGUGACAGUUGCUGGGAUCCACGCUCAUGCAUGUGCCGUCGGCGCUAGCAUCGGAGGAGUGGAAUCUCAGACGUUCGGCAGGCACAAGGGGCGGGUGGGGAUGAAUGGAGGUGGCUAGUUGCCGAUCGCUUAGCCAUGAAACUGCAGUACACAUGUACUGUAAGGGAGCAUGCCCGCAUCGAGUCGCCGCCGCAGAUCAGAACUCGAGGCCUCGACAGUGCGACUCGAGGCUAGUACCGUAAGCAGGAGGGUCUGUAUCGGGUUCGUUAUGCAUAGACAGAUGAUCGCAGGAGUGCGUCUGUGCCCGACGUGAUAUCAGGUACUGAGUGGAGUGUUUGACCUGAGUUUGCUUGAAUAUUCAUGCUCCGGUGACCACGGCAGCUGAGAGCAGGUUGAGGGACCGAGACAAAAGGGCCUGCCUGCCUCAGCACCCGGGCGAGGUCGAGUUGGACGGUGGCG